UGACAGCUAACGAGACAGCAGAGUAAACUUUCUGUGAAUCUUGGUGAGCGAAAUUCUGAUGCUGCUGCCUUGAGGCCUGACUCGAGUUCUACAUGCCCCACAGCCAUUCUGCACGCUGGCCAUCAUGUAUGCUUCAUGCAUACGGUGCGACUCGGCCAACUCCACUAUGGUAUGGGACGCCAUUUGCAUUGCCGACUAUGUGAGCUGCAUCCCACAUCUUGGCUUCGUCUUCCUGUCAUCCGUCCUCCUCCUUGUGUACGGAUGUCUUCCCGGACUGAGACGGACCAAGACACCCUACACCCUCCACUCCACCUUCCACCAUCUCCGCUGGCUCCUGCUGUCCUGCCUCGUCCUCGCUAACAUCCUCUUCAUCUUAGAAGGCAUCCUGUCAGACUUGAAGUCGCCGAGCGCACUGUCCCAACCCAACCUGUACCUCCCGUCCGUUUGCGGAUGCGUCGCCGCGGUGAUGAUGGGCGUGUACUUUCACCACAUGGAGGCGUGGCUACGGCCAGGCUUCGGAUGGCUGAUGCUGCCUUACUGGCUGCUCGCUUUGAUGGGAGAAAGUUACAGACUGGCUAGCUGGAUCGCAGAUGUCUCCCUAGUGGAUGCUAGGAUUGUACGCUUUGACGCGAUGAUCGCUAUGAUUGUAUUUUAUUCCGUCUUUGUUCUACUGGAGGUUUUAACUUUACUGGCUAAGGUUUUGGGGCAUAUCGGUCAGAUGGAAAGCAGUUUGCCAGAGGAUCUGCAAAAUUCUUCUAUGAAAUACUACAUGAGAUUCGUGAGUUUGCCUUCGCUGGUGGUAUUUAAGUGGCUGGGAUGGCUGAUGAAGUUAGGUUACCAACGCCCUCUGGAAAUCAGUGACCUAGGAGACUUGCCCAGAAUGAGUACCUCCCGCCGGAACAGGAAUAUCUUUGAGAGAUGCCUGCAACAAGAAAAGGACAGAGCAGCAAAGCUCGGUGACGUCAACCAAUUUUCCCUGUACCGCGUCAUGGCAAAGGCCUACAUCAAGUGGCAGAGCCUAGCUGUAGUAAUGAAAGUGGUAGCAGAUUCCUUAAACUUUGUGCCACCGCUCACCAUCAACGGAAUUGUCACGUAUGCCAGUGACGUGUAUUAUGGAACACAAGAAACAGACACCAUGUUUCCAGAGUAUGUGACGGUCAGCGAGUACUUCGGCAACGGUUUCGUGCUCAUGACCAUCAUCUUCCUGGCCAGCGUUACCCGCAUUGUCAUCCUGCAGAGCUACUACCAUGUGACCAUCGUGGCCAGCAUCCAUCUCAGAGCCGGCCUGCAGGUAGCCGUAUAUGACAAAACCCUCCGUCUGUCAAGUUACACACUGACCAGUGGGGAGAUGACCACGGGCCAGAUUACUAACUUUAUGUCCGUCGAUGCCGAUAACAUUAAGACCAUGUAUGAGUUUGUGCACUACGCCUACUCUGUACCUCUCCAGAUCGUUGUCUUGCUUGUCAUGUUGUAUCUCAACCUGGGCGUGGCCGCGUUGGUGGCGUCCUGUUGUUUCAUCAUCGGGGCUCCCAUUCAAUACAAACUGGCCAAGAUACAGGCCGUUGUGAAGAAACACGCCCUGAAAAUUUCCGAUGAGCGCCUGAAGCAGACACACGAGAUGCUACAAGGAAUGAAGCUCAUCAAGUUGUACGGCUGGGAGAAGAUCUUCUAUGACGUCAUCUCUCUCGUCCGUGGAAGGGAAAUCCAACAGCUGACAAAAGCCGCAGUACUGUACUCACUGUCAAAUUUCAUGGCCUUUACAACACCAGCUAUUGUCACACUCCUGGGUUUUGUCUUGUAUUCAAGUUUCACUGGCUUGCAGUUGACACCGGCAGUAGCAUUCACCACACUGGCCAUUAUUAAUCAGAUGCGGCUGCCUGUACAAAUGAUACCAGAAGUCACCAACUUUGCUGUCAGCGCCCACGUCAGCGUCCAGCGAAUCAAGCACUUCUUCCUGGCCGAGGAGAUAGAGACCAGUGAGGAUACACCAAUGCAUGCAGCACAGAAAGAGGAAGGGGACCAGCUAAGCAUGAAGUACACGAAACUGAAGGACUCUAAGACUGAAAUCAAUGGCGAACUGAAUUCAAGUUUUGACACCGAUGAUCCCUCCGAUGUUCAGGUGCAGGUUGUCCAACCUGGAGACUACAAUCAAGUCCGCGUCAAUGAAAGUCCUACCUCCGUUCCUCACUUACCAGAAGAUAUAGCAGUAAAGGCCACCAAUUGUACGUUUUCCUGGGACUCGGGGACCAGCACUACCCUGACUGACAUUAACAUUGAGAUUCCCAAAGGCAGACUGACCAUGAUUGUCGGCCAGGUUGGUACAGGCAAGUCAUCGUUACUGUCAGCGUUACUCGGUGAAAUGCACACACUCUCUGGCACUGUACAGUUUAACAAGACAGAGAACGGCGUGGCCUACUCCGCCCAGCGUGCCUGGCUGCUCAACGCUUCUCUCAGGGACAACAUUCUCUUUGGACAGGAGUUUGAAUCAGAAAAAUACCAAGCGGUAGUAUCGGCGUGCUCCCUGCAGCAAGAUAUGGACAUCCUACCUGCCGGUGAUCAGACAGAGAUCGGGGAGAAGGGAAUCAACCUGAGCGGUGGGCAGAAGCAACGAGUCAGCGUAGCCAGAGCUGUCUACAGUCACAAUGAUAUCGUCAUAUUGGAUGACCCAUUGUCGGCACUGGACGUCCAUGUCGGUAUCAAACUAUUUGAAGAAGGAAUUCUGGACUUGCUCCUGGGAAACCAACGGACCGUGAUACUGGUCACCCAUCAGGUCCAGUACAUCAAGUAUGCCCAUAAGGUACUGGUGAUGAAAGACGGCCGGAUCGCGCUCCAGGGUACCCCUGAUGAAAUCUGGAAGGCUGAUCCAGAGUUAAAGAUCUCCCGCAUCGCCACGGCUGAGUCAGACGUUUCAGAACCGGAAGAAGAGAGGAAACUACUACAACAGGCUGUGAAGGAAUUGGAGAAAGAAGAACAAGCGCUUGACACGACAGCAGAGGGCGCCCUGAUCGGCAAAGAGGAGCGCGAGAAGGGCGCCAUCUCGUGGCGGGUCUUUCUGUUCUACAUAAAGGCCAUGCGGUACCCAUUGGCCCUCCUGGCGUUGGCUGUCAUGCUGGGCUACAACGGCAUGAUCGUGGGUACCGACUUCUGGCUGUCGGCAUGGUCCGAGGCAGGGGACCGGCUGAAACUGGACAAUGCUACCGACCAAGAAAUCGGCUCUACCCAGACUUACUACAUCGGUGGCUAUACGGCCCUAGCCAUGUCGUCAGCCGUUCUGUCGUUCAUCUCUGCUGUCAGCUGUUUUGUGGCCGGUCUCUUGGCAUCACGCCAACUCCACCGGAGCAUGCUGGGAGUCAUGUCCAGAGCCCCAAUGCGCUUCUACGACACCACACCGAUUGGACGCAUCUUGAACCGAUUCUCAAGUGACAUCCAUACUGUUGAUGAUCUUUUGCCUUCCGAUUUUCUCUUCUUGGUUGAAGCAACCUUCAAGUGCUUGUCAGCAGUCAUCGUCAACACAAUCGUAACUCCAUUCUUCAUUCUGGCUAUACUACCAGUCGCUGUGUGCUACAUGCUGCUGCGGCAUUACUACUUGAGAACCUCCAGAGAAUUGCAGCGACUCAGCAGCAUCACCAAGUCACCAGUCUAUGCUCAUUUCUCAGAGACCUUGAGUGGUCUGUCGACUAUCCGUGCCUACAGAGACGAGGAGAGAUUCCAGAAGAACAUCCUGGAUGCGAUUGAUAAGAACAUCCUUGCCGAGCUCAACCUGAACACCUGCAAUCGAUGGCUUGGAAUUAGACUGGAUUUCAUUGGCAAUGUGGUUGUUCUACUAGCGGGGUUGACUAGCCUGACUGUAGCCGUCACAUCAUCAGGGCUAGCACCAAGCUACGUGGGACUGGCUCUAUCAUAUGCACUGGCUGCAUCGUUUUACUUAAACUGGUUCAUCCGGACAUCAGCGAUCGUGGAGAUGCACAUGAAUGCUGUGGAACGUAUCAAGUACUACUGCGAGGUACCAACGGAAAACUAUAAAGGAGAACUGCCCGAUCCAUCCUGGCCAAAAGAGGGCGCUGUUGCUGCGGAUGCAAUAUCGGUGCGCUAUGCUGAGAAGCUAGACCCUGUUCUACAGGGUGUAUCGCUGAACAUCGAACCGGGACAAAAGAUUGGUAUAUGUGGCCGAACAGGCAGUGGAAAAUCUUCACUCACUCUUGCUUUGUUUAGAAUUGUGGAUACUUUCAAAGGCAAAAUUGUAAUUGACAAUGUGGAUAUUGCAUCGUUGCCGUUGGAUCAUCUCCGACAAAAACUGUCCAUCAUCCCACAGGAUCCUAUCCUCUUCACUGGCACAAUCAGGUUCAAUUUGGACCCGCUGGAUCAGUGUAGCGAGGAGCAAAUGUGGAACGCACUGGAGAUUGCACAGCUCAAGACGACAGUGUCUGAGCUAGGCCAAGGGUUAGAGUCCCAGGUUUCGGAAGGUGGUGAGAACUUUAGCAUGGGCCAGCGAAAGCUGUUCUGCCUCGCUCGGGCCGUUCUGCGGAAGUCUCGCAUCUUGAUUAUGGACGAAGCUACAGCAUCUAUCGACAUGGAAACGGACAACAUUGUCCAGAGAGUUGUGGCCGAGGAGUUCAAAGAUCGAACAAUACUUUCUAUAGCUCACCGAGUGACCACCAUCUUGGAUGCAGACCGCAUCCUCGUCCUCAAUGAGGGCGCUAUAGCCGAGUACGAUACGCCUGAGAACCUCCUGGCGCAAGAGGACAGCUUGUUUGCGUUGUUUGUAAGCAGCGCACACCAGUAAUCCACUGAUCUGUAAUCGAUGAGUUUCCCGCCGAAACCAAAUGGCUUAAAUUUUCAGAUUCUCACAGAAACCUAGAAUGCUGAUGCAAAAUAUGUCAUUGCACCAUUGGCUGGAAGUUUUCCCAGUCCUUUACUUGCUUGUUAACCUAUCACCUUUACAUGGUUGUGCCAUAUUUGGUAAAUUAGGGGAUGUGAUAAAAAUGUGGUUUUGGCUGAAUUAUUGUAUACAAAUAAUGAAUGUUUAUGAGCGCAAUGGUGAGAAGUAUUCAUGAGGUGACAGGGGGAAAGUUCCAUGAGUGGAAUUGAACAUUCCAUCUGUCACCGAAUGAAAUUAUUCUUUCCAUUGCAUGGAUAGUUUUUUUA